AUGCAAGGAAGAAGAACUUUGACAUAUGGGUAUUGUUUUAAAGUAAUUGCUGGUGGUGGCAUUCAUCGAAUGAAACAGCACUUGGCAGGUGAACAAGGCAGCAUUGUUCCAUGUUUAAGGAUUGACCCGGCAAUUAGACAUGCUAUAUUAGCAUCUAUGAAGGAGAAGGAGCAGAAAUCUAAAGAAAAAAAAGGCAAUUUUGGGGUGGAAAAUCCAUUCGGCCGCACUACUCAUACAUUUGAUGGCGAUGAAAUUCAGGAGAUUCUUUUUCCUUCAGCAAAUGAGAUAGGUGUGUCUAGUAAAGGAAAGAGAAAGGUCACUGUUUCAAUAGGUAUACGACCUUUUUUAAAAGGUGGGCGUGAUACUUCUCAACUAACCAUUAAAGCUUGUUUGCAAAGUAAGGAAAAAUGGGAAAAUACGGGCAUGGCUAUUGCUCUUUGGUUUUAUGAUGCUUACAUUCCCAUAAAUGCUGUUAACUCUCUAUUUUUUCAAAAAUCUAUUGAUCAAAUAGCAUCAAUGGGUCAUGGUUACAAAGGUCCAUCCUAUCAUUCUUUAAGAGUUAACUUGUUGCGAAAUGCCAAGAGAGAUGUGAAAUUAGUUGUUGAUUCUUUUAGAAGUACUUGGGCAGAAACUGGUUGCACUCUAAUGGGUGAUGGAUGGAAAGACACUAGGCAAAGACUAUUGAUUAAUUUUUUGGUUUGUUGUUCUAAGGAUAUUUCUUUCAUUAAAUCUGUGGAUGCAUAUGAUAUUGUAACAAAUGCAGAAAAUUUGUGCAAUUUAUUUGCUGAAAUUGUUGAGAUGCUUGGUUUAAAAAAUGUGGUGCAUUUAGUUACUGAUAAUGCUAGCAAUUAUAAAGCUGCUGGGUCUUUGUUAAGUGAAAGAUAUCCGAACAUUUGUUGGUCCCCAUGUGCUGCACACUGCAUCAAUUUGAUUUUGAAAGACAUUGGUGAAAUGAAUGAUGUGAAAGGUGUAGUGUCUCUUGCUUCAACAGUGACCAUUUUUAUCUACAAUCAUAAGUUCACUUUGAAUUGGUUAAGAAAGACUACAGGGUGGAAAGAAAUUAUUCGUUCAGGUGAAACUUCAUUUGCAACUACCUUUAUUGCAUUAAAAAGUUUGCAUGAUCAUAAGGAUAGUUUGCAAUCUUUGGUUACUAGUGAAGAUUACAAAAAAUUUCUGAGAAUAGAGAAAGGAAAAGAGGUGAAGCAAAUUGUUUUGGAUGAAAGAUUUUGCAAUAACUGUUUGAUUAUGGUGAGAAUAAUGGGCCCUGUCAUUCGUUUAUUGCGUAUUUGUGACACUGAUGAAAGGCCUUCAUUGGGUUAUGUUUAUGAAGGCAUGUUUAGAGUAAUAAAUGGCAUCAAGAAGCUGUUUAGAAAUAAAGAGAGAUUGUACAUGUGA